AUGGAGUUGAUCAGCAGCCUGGUAAAUGCCUCAUUUGGCGAUGGUUAUGUCAAUACAUAUUCCAAGUAUGAGCAUGAUCGGAGGAAGCACAAAGGGAGGACACUUGAGCAUCAUUUUGGUGGUGACACUGCGGCUCUGGCAGAACAGACUGGACGUGCCAAGUUCUUUAGUCACGUGUCCGCUGGUGGUGGAGCCUCCCUGGAACUUCUCGAAGGAAAGGUGUUGCCUGGAGUCUCUUGUCUCACUCAAAAGUCCUAA